UUUUAAAAAUAUGCUUGUUCCUCUAGCCCAAAUGCCACUUUUCAUUUCAUUUUUUAUGGGACUACGGCAAAUGGCGAAUGUACCUGUGGAUAGUUUGAGAGAAGGUGGAAUGUUAUGGUUUACCGAUUUGACUUUACCUGAUCAAUACUACGGCUUACCCCUUAUAACUAGUUUCACUUUAUGGGUUACAAUAGAAGUAGGUACAGAUGCAGGAAAAUUAUCUUCACAAAACCUCCAAACUAUGAAGUAUAUUUUGAGGGCUGUACCGGUAUUAAUUUUACCAUUCACUGUUAACUUUCCUGCUGCCAUUCUAUGCUAUUGGGCAUCAAGUAACUUUAUUUCAUUAAUACAAGUCGGUAUUUUACGAAUACCUACCAUUCGAGAUUAUUUCAAAAUCGAGCCCUUAGUAAAUCACAAGCCAGAAAAUUUGCCGAUCAAGAGCAAAGGAUUUGUGGGAGGAAUAAAAGAUACUUGGACGAAUCUCAAUAUAUUAAAAUGCACCUUUAAGCACCGCGCAACUCAUACGGCUUAA